AUGGCCGACAAAGAGGACACUGAGAGGACCAUCGCCGAAGACAUCGUUGUCACCAAGUAUAAAAUGGCUGGUGACAUCGUAAAUCGGGUAUUAAAGCAAGUUUUAGAUGAAUGUGUUGCUGGAGCAUCGGUGAGACAAAUUUGUGAGUUUGGAGAUAAAUUGAUAUUGGAUGAAACCAGUAAAGUUUUUAAAAAGGAGAAGGAGCUUAAAAAUCCUACAUGCAUAUCGGUCAAUAAUUGCAUAUGUCACUUUUCACCGAUUGCAAGUGAACCAGAUCUUAUACUCAAAGAUGAGGAUAUGGUAAAAGUAGACCUUGGGGCACAUGUUGAUGGCUUUAUAGCAGUAGUUGCACAUACUAUUGUUAUAGGUUCUUCAUCAACAGAAAAAGUUACUGGUAGGAAAGCAGAUGUAGUGCUAGCAGCACAUUAUGCAUCUCAAGCUGCAUUAAGACUUUUACAGCCAGGUACAGAGACUUACACGAUAACAGAAACAGUAGAAAAAAUUUGUGACGUAUAUAAAUGUAAACCAAUUGAAGGAAUGUUAAGUCAUCAAUUAAAACAAUUCAAAAUAGAUGGAGAGAAAACUAUUAUUCAAAAUCCAAAUGAUGCACAGAAGAAAGAACAUGAAAAAUACACUCUUGAGGCUUAUGAGGUGUAUGCUAUGGAUGUGCUAGUUAGUACUGGUGAAGGCGUAGGCAGAGAACAGGACACUCGAGUUACUAUAUUUAAAAAGACAGAGGAAACAUAUCAGUUGAAAUUAAAAGCAUCACGCAUGUUUUACUCUGAAGUCACUCAUAAACAUGGUCUUAUGCCAUUUAAUUUACGAACUUUUGAGGACGAAAAAAAGGCUAAAAUGGCAGUUGUGGAAUGUGUAAGUCAUAGGUUGAUUGAACCAUUCCAAGUACUAUACGAAAAACCAAAUGAAUUUGCUGCACAAUUCAAAUUUACAGUACUAUUAAUGCAUAAUCGGCAACACAAAAUUACAGGAAUUCCUUUAGAUCUUGAUAUUUAUCAAUCUGAAUAUGCGGUUAAAGAUCCUGAAUUAAAAACUCUUUUACACACAUCGGUAAAUCCACGGACUGCAAAAAGGAUGAGAAAGAAGGCCGAGAAAGCUGCAGGUGAAGUGGCGAUGGAAGUCGAUGCCAAGGCCUAACACAACCGUUUUAGCGUUCUUCAUGACGUAUUAAAAUCGUGCACAUUGCGUUACCCUUUGUUGAACAGCUUCAGAGCAGAAAUUAGACACUUUUCAACGUCACAGUACCUUAAAUACUUGUCCCUUUUUUGGGACACAAUUGAUAAAUUGUGAUUCGUCAUAUCGUUAUAUUUUUACCACGUCUGUAUUGCGGUUUAUCUAAUUACGUAACUAUAUUUAUAUGAAUUCAGAAACUGUCCGUGUUCGUAUUAGUUUAAAAAAAAGUGUCAGGUUCUGCCCUGAAUGAAUUUGACUUCACGACACUUAUUAUGCCACCACUUAUUGACACUUACGUUUUUAUAUCGGAGUAUCUUUUAAUGGACCAUGGUAUUAUUAUAAACUAAACAAUGAUUAUUCGUAAGACAUUUUACAGCUGAUGUAUUACAUUUGGAACAUGUGAAAUCUAUUUUGCAGCUAAUGGUCAAAGUAUGACUGUUAUGCAAUUUAAUUCGACCGAGCCAGAAAGUGAAUUGCACGUGCAUUCAUACCGUCUGUUUCUUUCAUAGAAGGAACUAAUAAAAUACGAUUUUCAUUUUGUAAAUGUUCUUGGGUUAACAAAAAAAUGAUCUCGUGUUAAAUAAUGUCUAUUUAAUUACGCUAAUGGAAAGCCAUUUUUAUAGAAUCACAAUUGAUAUUUUCUACAGUUUCUGAAUGCACUGCCGAAUCUGACAUAAUUCACUUUGACACCAAUGCUAGUUCUGCACUAGCUAAUUUUGUGCAUCACGUGUCUAGUAAAUGAAUAACUAAUACCAUAAAAAAACAUCUGAUUUCGAAUUGUACAAUUGGAAUGAAUGUCCAUAUUGGAAUUCCGUAUAAACGAUGAAAUGCCAAUGAACCUCGAAGUGUUUCGUUGCAAGAAUUCCCCAACCGUCAGAAAAUAUUUUAUUAUUAUUCAGUUUGACUUUGCGCAAAUUUUACUGAGUAU